CCCUCUGGCUGCAGCGGUGACCUUGCUUUCGCUCCCAAGCCCAGGGCUGGCACACCUUUUUCAGCUCUGGGUUGCCUAAUCAAAAGUGGCUGUUUUCUCUCCUCAACCUCCCUGUGACCUGGGGAGGAGCUUUGCCCGGGACCAAGCCUUUGGAUUUGGGGAGGGACAGGCAGCGGCUGAGCAGUUUCUGGCCCAAAUUCAGUUAUCGGUUUCUCUCUUUCCGUGGGCAAAAUGCACCACCCCAGACUCUGUUUCCGAAGCAUGCCCCCCCCCUCUGUGUGUGCGCCUACAGAUAUUCUGUGUCGCUUUUGAGUGUGAAGGGACCUCUGGAUUGCAAGGGGAAGUAGCUCAGCUUACACAACAGCCCAUCAUCGCGGAGGGAGAGUUGUGUGGCGCAAUCUCGGCGGGGGGGGGGGGGGCGGAAGUCCCUGAGUCAAGGGUGUGUCUCUAUCAAGGCACAUGGACUUCCUGCUUUGCCUCUGAGGAUUGGGGGGGCGGGGCGGGCAUGCUUGCGUGCAAGAAUCCUCGGGGCAGCCCUGUGAGGGGAAGCGUGUUGCCCAUAGCUGCCCCGGUGAGCUCUGCGGCUGAGUGGGCAUUGCAGCCUGCCCCUUGCCAGCCAAAGCUCCUUGGUGCACACACAGAGGCGCCCGGAGACUCCAGCACUGCCACCUCCAUGGGGAAAGUCGAGGGGCAGUUGUGGGGUGAAAUGUCCUCGCAGCGGCAUGCCAGCCUCUCCCUCCCCAUCCCUUCGCCCAGGCUUCAAAGGCAAGGGUCUUCUUCCUCUUGCGAUUCUCUUUGCCUGCAGCUGUUGUGCCAUGUGCUGCCUUGGGACUGAAGGCCAAGUCCUGGCAGCAGGAAGCCUCAGUCGGCUGCCCCUGACUUGGACCGCAGUUCCCACCCGCCCUAGCCAGCGCAGCUGGUGGGAGUUGUAGUUCGAUGCAGGUGGAGGGCGCCAGGUCAGGGAAGAGGUAUAUAUUUAUACACACACAGAGAGAGAGAGAGCCUAAUAAUAACAAUAAUUUUAUUAUUUGUACCCCACCCAUCUGACUGGGUUGCCCCAGCCUCUAUGGGCAGCUUCCAACACAAUGAGACAUCAGGCAUUAAAUACUUUUCUUUCUCACUCACGUAUAUGGAUAGAGAUACUAUGAUUAACAAAGCAGUCGUUCAGUUUCUGUUGCGAAACCUUUUGGCGUCUGCCUUCGUCAGCUUCUCUGGUGGAAGCAAGAGGAUGCUGCUGCCAGGGUGGCACUUAGGCGGGUUUGCCACCCUUUCAUUUUCAGCUGGGCAGCCGUUGAAGGUGGAGACCGAAACCUCUCUCUCUCUCUUUUUUUCCUGGCAACGGAAAUUAAAUCUAACUUUUAUUAGUUACAUUAUCAUUUCAGUGAUUUGCUGAAUCCUGAAAGGGGUCCGGAGCAAGCUUAUGUGAGAUGCGCUGCGUGAUGUUCUCAAAAUAGUAAUAAAAUGCAUUGCUGACUGCUCAGACCUUUUGGGGGAUGAGGAUUCAGACUCUGUGUCAUCCAUACCUCCACCCCCCCCCUCUCUCUCGGCAAAGGGUUUUUUGUUUUCAUUUCAUUUUAUAAUGUAUAUAAAGCAGCUCUAAAAACAGACGGAAAAACAAAACUAUAAAACACGUACGUGGGACGAGUAGUUGCAUAUGAGUCCAGGUAGAACCUAUCAGUGUUUAUCAGAUUGUUAAAUACAGUUCCAGAUUUGCGAGGCUUGCAACGAGGCCUGUCUCGAAAAGGAUAGUUCUGCUGUAUGUGUAAUAAAGGAAUGCCAACUCAUAUAAAAAGGAGGUUAUGGCCCUUGUCGAAAUCUCAAAUGAGGUGCAACUUUCUGCAUUCUAGCUAUUUUCCAGAGUGAGUGGCAACAAGCAUCCAGUGUAGGAUUUGGGGCUGUUUUCCAUAUUUAUUUCUCGACCCGCUGGUGAGAUCAGUCGGCUGGAUUCUCCCCCUUCCCCAAAUUGUAGCUGCGCCAAAGCCCUGAAGUGUGCCUGGACACCGUAGUGGCUUGCCCUGUUUUGCAGCUUGCCAGGGCGUGGGGAGAUCUGUGUUUCUGGUGGCUGCGGAACAGGGGUGUUGCUGGGAGGUGGUCCUCUCAGGCUGAGCCGCCCGUCUUCUGAGAGGUGAGGUGGGUCCCCGCUAUCGCAGGGAGAGAAUCAGUGUCAUGCAGGGGCUCGGUCUUCCCUUCUCGCCACCUGUGGCUUCAGCUAUUCUCACCGGGUGCCAACAGCUAAGCCCAGGCAUAGUUGCCCUGGGCACUGCAUUCCAAGACGUCUGUCUCGACAAGCCGAGUUGGGUUGUGCCAUCUCACCCCAUGUCAGAUGCACAGCGGGCAGAGAGACCUGACCUGUGUGUGCCUGCCUGCCCUUCCGGGGAGAAAGGGCGGAGGUGUUUGUAGAGGGGUGGGGGGCAGUUGCUUCUCUGCUUUACAGAAGGGGGGGGGCUUCUCUCACAUGCCUCCUUCCAUGUGCUUUUUCACGAAAGAGAGUUGUGUGGCCCAUUGCAACAUCCUGUGGAAAUGAAAUUCUUCUUUCGUGGAAUGUCGAUUGGAUUAUAAUUGGGAGUGUUUCUGCAGCUGGCCAAGGAUCCAGACAAGCUCCUCCGAUUCUCCUAUUUCUCCCACCCACCCACCCCUCCCUCUUCUGCAUUCUUGAAGCCCCCUUAUCGUAUUUUCUCUUCCUGCUCUCAUGCAUCUACCCCCCCUUCUUCUCUAGAGUAAGCAUGCCUUGCCCCCUCUGCCCUUUUCUAUAUAGUCCCUUCAACCAAUUCACGGGCUGCUUUCAAAUAUUUUUAGGGGCCUGCUAGGGCUGCCACAUUUUGAAGAGCAAAAAAGAGGACAUAUUUGCCGCCUUCUACUUUUAACUAUGGAUCGCUAUGGCAACUCUCCUUUUACAUACCCAUGAAAAAGAGGACACGGCCUGGAAAAGAGGACCUAUGGCAACACUGCUGAAAAUUUAAGCUAGCUGGAAAGAUUUUUUUUGGGGGGGGGAGUGGCUGCUGUCUGGAUUAAUGGGCGAUCUUACACCAGCCGUAGGUGACCCUUCUUUUAGCCUGUGAUGUGAUGUACAGUAGCUUCCUCUAGGGAUUUAUGUUUCCUUAAGUUCCUUGGCUUCACGGAGUCUCGGCUUGCGUUUUGGAAACGGAAGCAAGGCCCUCUGUGUGUCCAUGUUUGGAGUGUCGGAGCAAGCAGAAGAAAGGGGGAAUUGUAGGGCGAAUCUGCCCCCAGGACCUGUCCUGACCUAUUUAGGCAUCUGGUUCUGGCAUGACUCUGCUGGAGGCAUAGGAAAGCGUCCAGUCUAUGGCUGCUUCCCAGGCACUUCGCUGUCUGUUUCCAAAAAAGCAACACCAGACAAGAACCAGGGAAAUGGAUCUUUUGGAAGGCGGCAGAGGUAGCAAGUCCCAUCUUCAUCUCUUCCGGUAAUGUUCUAAAAUGUUUUCACACACAUGGGAUUUAACAGGUGGGUGGCCAGGUCCAGAGACAUUUUGCAGGCAAGCCAACGUGGAAUCUGCCCGCCAAAUACCUGGAAGUGGAGGGCAGAAAGGCUAAGGAAAGUCGGGUUCUCCGCCGCCAAGUGUAAAGGGAAUCUGCGGCCCACUUUGCCAGUUACGGAUAUUGCCAGCCACGACGCCCCCAUGAGGAGAAGGUGGCAGCCGGCGACACCACAGCGGUCAAGAAGGCACAGAAUGCCCCACAGCAGCAUCACAGUGCCCUCGCUCCAUAGGGCAUGGGAUUGGGGAGGAGGGGAGAGGGAUCGAGCCCUGCCACGGAAACGUCGGAGGGGAGCACCCCCCCACCCCUUUCAGCUUCCACAUGCAAAGAAAACACCCCAGUCGUGUUGGGGGCAAAGGAGAGGGAGGUCCCGGGACUCGAGCCCCCAGCAAAAGCACUGCAGAGCAACUGCGUAACGGCACCAACACAACAGCCGGCCACAGUCCAGGGCCCCGUGGGGCAUCUGCCUUCCCCACUUAUUCACAAGGCAUGCAGGAGGAGCCUCGGUCUACGUUUUGCACGCCUUAAGUUGGCUGGUUGGCAUCCGCCUGUCUCGGGAGAUGAUGGAAGAGUGCAUUUCGGGGGUGAAAUCAAAGCUGGAUAGUUACAGCACAAGAGAGAUGUGUUUCGUUGCAGCUGUACCCCCCGAUUCAAGCCACAGGCCAAGCCAACCCUGGAGAAAGUCUCCCUGCGGCACAAGCCCGAGUCAUUUGGCAGGGCCAGCAAAACCCCACUGAGCCCUGCCGGGCAGCAGCAUAAUAAGUCUCCUUAUCCCAUUCCUCUGCCCCACCUCCCUGAAAGCAGCGCCCGUCCCACCUGACGGCUUUAAAAAGCGGCACUUAAUUUAAACCGAACACACGCCAUUUCAGUUUUUGAAAUAUUUCUUAUUAGUACAUGCUUGUGUGUGUGUGUGUGAGAGAGAGAGAGAGAGAGAGAAUUCACCCUGAUUUGUUUCGGUCUCCUUGGUGCUGAGCUCCAGCAAUCUCUCUCCCCCCCCCCCCCCGUUACUAUUGGGAAGAAGCUGUGAGCUAAUAUUUGCCUUGGCGAGGGACCCUAGUAACUGGCCAGGGCGAGGUACCACAACGGAGCAACGUUCCUCCCAAACAUGUAUGGCGUGUUGCCUUGGGAAGCGGCUAGAACUUAACCCCCUGGGGGGUUCCUUCCUUGAAACAGGGUGCAGUAGAGCAACCUCCCCCAACCAGGGGUUUGAGACCGCAACUCCCAUCAACCCCAGCCGGCACAGCCAUAUGAUGCUGGCGCUGGGGGGAGCCUGGCCAUGCUGGGAGUUGUAGUCCAAAACACCUGGCACCAGGUUGGCGAAGGGUGUGGUGCAAAGGUGCCGUCUGCUGGAGGUUUGUGGGCAGGGGAGGGGCCCUGGCUUGCUGGUGGGGGUCCAGGUCUGGCAUAGGGCCUGGGACUGUACGUUAUUUGGGGACAUGGAAGCCCCCAGCUCUCAGCACAGUGAGAUUUUACCUGCAGCUGUGCCUGGAUUUGGUUGGCAGGCUUAGCAUGUUAGCGAGGAUCAGGAUGGCAAAGGUCUGGUUUCGAGUGGAAGGGAGGGUGCAGGGGGACUAGGCGGCUGCAGUGUGCAGCGCAUAGGCCUCUUGCCUCCCUUCUUCCCCUCCUUCCAAACCCUGGAACCACCCCCAUUAGGCUUCUUGGCCUUUCAGGAAACACUUGUCAGUCUCGUUUCCAAACACUUCUCCGCAACCGAGGGUUGGAAGCUUGGGUCGUAGUGGAUUUGGAGAAAGAAAAAAGGCCGAGACAAAAGCGUGCACGCCAAGAGAGGUCUGGAUCUGGUUUCAGGGAGUGGAAGACAUCUGACCUCUCCCGAAACCGCUUUGCCGAGGUCCCCGAAGACGCCUGCCACUUGAUGUCCCUGGAAGGGCUGAGCCUGUACCACAACUGCCUCCGCAGCAUCCCGCCCGCCAUCGCCAACCUCCAAGCCCUCACCUACCUGAACGUCAGCCGCAACCAGCUCUCUUCCCUGCCCUCCUGCCUCUGCCUGCUGCCCCUCAAGGUCCUCAUCGCCAGCAACAACAAGCUGGUCUCCCUACCCGAUGACAUUGGCACCCUCAGUACCCUCCGCCAACUGGACGUCAGCAGCAAUGAGCUGCAGUCCCUGCCGGCGAGUGUGGGCGGCCUGGAGUCUCUUCGGGAUCUCAACGUCCGGAGGAACCAAAUUGCCAUCCUGCCCGAAGAGCUGGCGGAGCUUCCCUUGGUGCGGCUGGACUUCUCCUGCAACCGCGUCGUCCGCAUUCCCACCUGCUACCGCCACCUACGGCACCUGCAGUCCAUCCUGCUGGAGAACAACCCUUUGCAGUUCCCACCUGCGCAGAUCUGCUUGAAAGGCAAAAUCCACAUCUUCAAAUACCUCAACAUGGAGGCCUGCAGCAAGGCGCGGCCGGACCUGGCAGAGUUCGCACAAGGAACCCGCCCUGCCGGCUUCGGGACGUGCCUCCCAGACGACUUCUACCCCGUGCGGCAGUAUGGCGGCCUCGACUCGGGCUUCAACAGCGUUGACAGUGGGAGCAAGCGGUGGUCGGGGAACGAGUCCACAGACGAGUUUUCGGACCUCUCCUUCCGCAUUGCUGAGCUGGCCAGAGACCCCAAGCAGUUGAGGGAGAAGCGCAACGGGACGGUGGACGCUGCUGAUCUGGAGCAGAUCGACUACAUCGACAGCAGCGUCAAUGGGGAGGAAGAGGAGGACGAGGUCUCCAUGGGAAAGCCAGAGAGCGCCUCUCUGGGGACAGCACCCACCGAGGACUUCCAGAAGCCCAGGAAGAGCUCCUCUACUUCCCUCCAGAAAACAGGACUUGCGGAAAACAGGGCCAGCCUGCCCAGGCCGGAGCCAUUUGGGGAAGAGCGCCGGCGCCCGGAGAUCCUGCAGCUGUGGCAGGAGAGGGAGCGACAGCAGCUUCAGCAGCGGCCCCUGUGGAGCCAGGGGGCCGAGAGGAGGGAGAGCCUGGCAGAAAGCAGCAGCAGCAGCCUCUCCCAGCUGAAGAAUCGGAGCCAGGGAUCAGAGCAGCUUUCUGGCUCCCCCAGGCAAACUUCGCACUCUGCAGAUCCCGUUCACCCUGCCUACCCUCCAUCCCGGGAGCCCGGCUCCGCGCAGAAGCCUUCCAGCUUCCUUUUCCGCUCCUCCUCACGGAACAACAUGCAGCGGGGAUCCGGUUCCUUCUCGCCCGACCUCUCCCCUUCUGAGCUCAGGAACCAGCGGAGGCUGCGUGCCGCAUCGCAGGCCCAGGACGAGAGGGAGCACGCAGCUCAGCUCCGCAAGGCCAUCGAGUCCCAGCUGAACGUCACCCUGGCUGAAGACUUGGGCGAGGCUCUGGCCAACGGAGUGGUCCUCUGCCAGCUGGUGAAUCACCUGCGCCCUCGAGCUGUGCCCUUCAUCCAUGUGCCCUCCCCGGCUGUGCCAAAGCUGAACGCCAUCAAAAGCCGGAAGAACGUGGACAGCUUCUUGGCCGCCUGUCGCCAGCUGGGGCUCCCGGAGGUCUCUCUCUGCUCCGCCUCCGACGUGGCCGCCCUCCUGCAAGGCAACGUCCGUGGCCUGCUCCGCCUCCUCGAGGCCCUGCUGCCGCUGCCGUCGCCGCCACCCCUACACCCCGGGGCGGGGAGGCCCCCCCUCGCCCCGCCCGCCCUCUCCGAGCACCUGGCUGGCUUUGGCGUCUUCUAUGUCGUCCUCAUGCUGCUCCUCUACUUCACCUAUCGCAACCUCUGCGGCUGCUGAGCUGGCGGGGGGGCGGGGUCCCCGGCCACCCCCACUGGGCAGGAACAGUUUCUCCAGGAAAGACGUGGGUCAGGGCACGUGCCCCCCCACACUUUGCACAGGGGUGGGAGUUGGGGUGUCAGCAAUGCAGUUGAAGCAGGACACUGACAAAUACCUUUAUUUCUGAGGCCACCAAUCCCUGCAAUUGCCCCCCCCUUAAUAAUAAUAAUAAUAAUAAUAGCUCUCCCUUCCCUGGUCAGAAUUAGCUCCCUCUGCCAGGCCCAGGGGGGGGGGGAGUUCAGGGCAGCCCUCCCUUGGCAGCUGCUGCUCCUCUGCCAACACCUCGGUCUCCUCUGUGCCUUGUUCCCCUAGCGAAAGGUGUUAUUUUUGCCGGGAGGAGAAGCCGCCAACUUCCUCCACCCCCCCACCCCUCGGUUCACGUGCACUUAAAACUGCGUUGCACUAAUUCACGAGUGCCUGCAGUGGGGAGGUGCGUGCGUGUGGCAAGGGAGCACUACGGGCUGUACUUGUGCCCCCCCAAAAAAAUAAACCUUAGGCCGUCCUAAAGCCUUGGCCCACCCACUCUGACACUGGGUGGUCUUCGCCGCCCCUGCUUCUCUCUCACACCCCCUUUUGAUGGGAAAUGGCAGUGCGUUUCUGAACCAAAUGAAACUCCCUACCCCAGAGUUUCUGCCCGCUCCCCUGCACUGGGAAACCUUUGCAGGAUUUUUGAGGGGCUCAGCUGUUUGGCACCCCAAAGUAUGUCCCCGGGGCAUCUCAUGCCCCUCUCCGGGCUUCUUGGAGGCACACAGGCCCCCAAGACCGCACUUAGUUUGCGGGGUAAAGGCCACUUCUUCCUCAAAUGCCCUUCCCUCCCCCAAAGCCUUUCAGGGUUCCCUAUUCUGGACCUCUUCCCUUUUUGGCGCCACCCAGGGGGCUUCCCGGGGGCAUCCGAUGCUGGACUCGAAUUCCCGCCCUUCCUUUAAUCUGAACGUGCAAUUUCUGGUCCACAGAGGGAGGGAGAGAUGGGGGCAUUGCCGUGUUCCAGCCCACCCCAUAAUCUCUCUGGCACGGUGCACCCCCAAAUCCUGGGUGGCGGUGGGCAGGGGAGGCCUUAAACAGGUGACAGGAAUCGCCUUAAUUCAGGGCAAAAGCGGCUCCUCUUUCUAGGGACAGCUGCAGUCAAAUUCCAGCCCCUUCUAGUCUCCCUCCCCAUCUCCGCUGCCUUAAAUAUAUUAAAUUAUACAUAUAUAUUUUAUAUAAAUAUAUAAAUAUAUAUAUAUAUAUUUGAAGAGAAGAAGAUUAUGGAAUACUGUAAUGUAAAGAAAAAAAAUUUUUUGGUCUUUUUAAGCAUGUACAGAAUUGUAAAUAUUUGGUGCUCUCCAUCGAUCGCCUGCCCCCCUCUCUUGAGGGGGAGGGCAAAAAUAUUUUUCAAGGGCUUUUUGGGGUUGUUGUUUUUUUUCCCCCUUUUCACGGUCCCCCAUCCCACCAAAAAAAGGACUGCUGUACAUUCUGCGUUUGCGUUCCUCUUGCCUUUUUUGUUGUUGUGUUCCUUCUCGAGAGGCAGCUCCCGCGUUUUGUGUUUUGUUCCUCUCCGCCUCGACAUCUGUACAUUGUAAAAUACAAUUCUUUUUUUCCCCCAAAGGACGGCGGCAGCAGCCUCCUGCUCGUGGCGUUUCUUCCUUCCGCCUCCUUGGUUGUCUUUGUGUGUGUUUUUUCCUUCCUGUCACCGCUGGGGGGGUGGGAACAAGUUUGCUUUUGCAAUUCGUGUUACGGGGUAGGUCCGUGUUGAUCUGAUGGUCUGAGCUUGCUUGCUGGUGGGAGUUGUAGUUCCGCCGGGGGGGGGGGUCCCCAAAGCCUCCCUCCACCCACUCUGCAGAACCCAUCCUGACCUCAAGUGUGCGCACGUACAACUUCUCCCGCCUGCAAAGGGAGAUGUGUCUGUGUUAGGCACACUUUUCCACCGGCUCCUGUGUCCAGCAGGGCAGAUGUGGGAGGCCGUCUCGGUAAGCAGCGCCUGGCCAGGCCGUUCUCCUUUGGCUUGCCCUCCCACCUGCCUUUGCUAACUUCUGCCCCCCCUUCCGUGCCCCCCACC